GCCGCGAAAGGGCGGGAAGGGCGGUUGGCGAGGGAGGGGCGAGCGGUUACUCACUCCAUGGCUCCGGCUAGAAGAGUCGGCGGCGGCGGCCUCGGUUGAAGAGGAAAGGUGGGGAGCGGAGAGCGCAGGCGCGUUUGCAGAUCCUGCCAGAACUGCUGGAGCCGGAGCGGCUGUGGCCACCAGAACGGGAACCAUGAGCGGGUUUAAUUUUGGAGGCACCGGGGCCAGCACAGGCGGGUUCAUGUUCGGCACUGCCAAGGCAGCGACCACCACCACCACACCCUCCACGGGCUUUUCUUUCUCUGCAUCCGGCACUGGAGGCUUUAACUUCGGGACUUCCUCCCAGCCAGCUGCCAGCACCCCCUCCACCGGGCUGUUUUCUCUGACGACGCAGACGCCGGGAUUCAGUUUUGGCACAAGCACACCUGCUACCAGCAGCACUGGCUUUUCAUUAGGUCUCAGCACCCCAAAGCUGAGCCUGGGCAACACGGCAGCCACCCCAGCCACAGCAAACCCCACUGGCUUCGGCCUGGGCAGCAGCACCCUCACCAAUGCCAUCUCAAGCACCACCACCUCCAGCCAGGGCACAGCGCCCAGCGGUUUUGUGUUUGGCUCCAGCACAGCCUCCACCUCCGCAGCUCCAGCCACCACCUCUGGGGGCUUCUCGUUCACGGGCGGAAGCACGUCCCAGACGGGGGCCUCUGGUUUUAACAUUGGCUCUGUGGGGAAUUCAGCCACCCAGCCCGCCACCCUUACCAGCUUACCCUUCGCCCCGACCCCAGCCACACCGGCAGCCACUGCGGCGGGAACCUCUCAGCCAGCUGCACCCACUCCUGCUGUCGCCACCUCCGUUGCCGGGCCCUCCCUCUUUUCCUCAAUAGCAGCAGCUCCCACCUCGUCCACCACCGCGGGGCUCUCCCUCAGCACCCCAGCAACCACCUCUGGGGCUCUGGGCACUGGAACGUUGAGCUUCAGCUUGAAGCCCCCCGGAGCAGCUGCUGGUACCUCCUCAGCAACUUCCACCACCGCCACCAGCACCAGCAGCGCCGCCAACACCGGCUUUGCCUUGAAUCUGAAGCCUCUGGCACCCAUCGGCAUUGCCAGCAGCACAGCUGCCACAGGGAGCACCCCGGCUGCCCCCGGGGCAGGUGGCGGGGCUGCCAGCAGCUCCACCAUGACCUACGCCCAGCUGGAGAGCCUCAUCAACAAGUGGAGCCUGGAGCUGGAGGACCAGGAGCGGCACUUCCUGCAGCAGGCCACGCAGGUCAACGCCUGGGACCGCACCCUGAUCGAGAACGGCGAGCGCAUCACUAGCCUGCACCGCCAGGUGGAGAAGGUGAAGCUGGACCAGAAGAGGCUGGACCAGGAGCUCGACUUCAUCCUGUCGCAGCAGAAGGAGCUGGAGGAGCUGCUGAGCCCUCUGGAGGAGGCAGUCAAGGAGCAGAGUGGCAGCAUCUACCUGCAGCACGCCGACGAGGAGCGCGAGAAGACCUACAAGCUGGCCGAGAACAUCGACGCACAGCUCAAGCGCAUGGCCCAGGACCUCAAGGACAUCAUUGAGCACCUGAACACGGCCGGGGGCCCCGCCGACAGCAGCGACCCCCUCCAGCAGAUCUGCAAGAUCCUCAACGCCCACAUGGACUCGCUGCAGUGGAUCGACCAGAACUCGGCCCUGCUGCAGCGCAAGGUGGAGGAAGUGACCAAGCACAAUCCCUAUCAGUGAAGACACGAUGAAGGUGAGACCUGGCCUGACGCUAACCCGCAGAACACCUGCCAGUGACCCCAAGCUUGCCUUUGCCAAAGUUAACUUAGGCUCCGUGAGACUCUCACGUGCAGCAGGAGCCAGCUGCUCAUGGCCCGGAUAACUUCUGUGUUUGUACUUGGCUGCUUUCUCUGAAAUAUCCAUGGCUGUAUAUUGCUUUCCUGAAUAAACGUGAAAUAAACACA